AAGGCAUAGUAGUAUGAUAGUCUAGGUACAUGCUGGAGAACAGUUACCGCCGUCGUAAAUCAACUCGAUUGCAUCUUUGAUUGUUAGUUUUUGCAGUGCGCCCGCUCGUUACUCUCACAAUUUUCUCAUACACUUCUCUACCUAGUUCGCUGAUCACGUGUGUUCGUCUCGUAAACAUACCUGUAUAUUUUUUGUCGUAUAUCGUCAUCGUGUGUUACCAAUAAAUCUGCAUUUUUUCCUCUACCAAUACUAUUACUGAGUGCGUGAUCAAUUUGCGGCUGUGAUAUAUUUUUUAGUGAAAAUUAUACUCGUAUUUGUUAAUCGAAAUCGAUUCUACCAUUUCUAUUCCUCCUGCAGUUACCUACCAUAACCUUUGGAAAUAUGUUCGUGUGGAAGUGAGAUCUACCAUUUGAAGAAAAAAAAAACGUGCAUCGUCGAGAAUAAACAUGAGCUGCAAUUGUCCGGCCACCGAGCCGGGGCCAACGUUGGCCAGUACGUGCGGAGGUUCGGCGUUUAUGAUAUUUAUGGGAUUACUGGAAGUAUUUAUUAGAUCACAAUGCGAUCUAGAAGAUCCAUGUAAUCGGCCUAAAUCUCGAGUAAUGUUGGAUACCGAAUACGACUUUAUCGUAAUAGGAGGCGGAUCUGCCGGUGCUGUGGUUGCUAGUCGACUUUCUGAGGUUCCUCAUUGGAGAGUAUUAUUAAUUGAAGCCGGAUUAGAUGAACCUACUGGGACUCAAGUACCAUCUAUGUUUUUAAAUUUCAUUGGAUCACCUAUAGACUGGGGAUUCAAGACGGAACCUGAAGAAAUGGCAUGCCUAGAUGAUAAGGAAAGACGUUGUUAUUGGCCUCGAGGAAAGGUUUUAGGCGGUACGAGUGUAAUGAACGGUAUGAUGUACAUUCGAGGCAGUAAACUGGACUUCGAUAAUUGGGCCAAGCAAGGCAAUUACGGAUGGAGUUACCAAGAAGUAUUGCCUUACUUUUUAAAGUCUGAAGACAAUCUGCAAGCGAACAUCAUGGACCCAGGAUUCCACGGCGUUGGAGGUCCUCUUACAGUAACUCAAUUCCCUUACCAUCCGCCAUUAUCGCAUGCCAUUGUCCAAGCCGGAAGCGAAUUAGGUUACCGGAACAUCGAUCUCAACGGUAAAUUCCACACCGGAUUCGCCAUCGCUCAAACAACUUCGAGAAACGGAUCUAGACUGAGUACGGCCAAAGCGUUCCUUCGUCCUGCUAAAGACAGACCUAAUUUACACAUUUUGCUCAACACGACCGCCACCAAAGUACUCAUCGAUCCGAAAACCAAAUCUGCCUACGGCGUUGAAAUGUUCAUUAACGGUUACACCCAACGAGUGCUGGCCAAAAACGAAGUGAUCAUCAGUGGCGGAGCUGUCAACAGCCCUCAGCUUCUGUUACUCUCCGGUGUCGGUCCCAAAGAAGAUUUACGCCAAGUCAACGUACCAUUGGUUCAUCAUUUACCCGGAGUCGGUCGUAAUCUCCACAAUCAUGUAGCCUUCUUCGUUAAAUUCUUCAUCAAUGAUUCCUCAACCGCGCCUUUGAACUGGGCCACAGCCAUGGAAUAUCUGCUGUUCCGCGACGGUCUCAUGUCCGGUACUGGUAUCUCCGAAGUAACCGGCUUUGUCAAUACUAAAUUAGCCAAUCCUUCGUUAGAUCAUCCCGAUGUACAGUACUUCUUCGGAGGUUAUCUGGCAAAUUGUGCGCAAACCGGACAAGUCGGUGAGAAAAUAGCAGACUCUGGAGAAAAGGGUCUAAGAGGUAUAGACAUCAUUCCAGCCGUGCUGCAUCCCAAGAGUAGAGGAUACCUAAAACUGAAAGAUAACAAUCCGUUGUCUCAUCCUUUGAUCUACCCGAAAUACCUUACUCAUCCCGAUGACGUUACCAGAUUAGUCGAAGGUAUCAAAAUCGCCAUCCAAUUAACCGAAACGAACGCUUUAAAGAAAUACGGCUUCCAGUUAGAUAAGACUCCCGUAAAAGGUUGCGAGAACUUGACUUUUGGCUGUGAUUCGUAUUGGGAAUGUGCCGUAAGAAAACUGACCGGCCCGGAGAACCAUCAAGCUGGUAGUUGUCGCAUGGGACCAGCCGGUGAUCCUCUUGCAGUCGUCGAUCCCGAAUUGAAGGUUCACGGUAUCGAUAAAUUGAGAGUAAUCGAUGCUUCGAUUAUGCCUGCCGUUACUUCCGGUAACACCAACGCGCCCGUAAUUAUGAUCGCUGAAAAAGGAGCCGAUAUGAUUAAACGAAGAUGGAUCGGACGAAAAGUACCAUUCAACGAGAAAAAUCAAACUCAAAAGCGGAAUGCGUUUGCAAGCCAUUAACAGUACCAAAGAUUUUGAGUUUAUUUAGAUAAAUUAGCCAUGGCGAUGUGUUGUCACGCGAUUGGAAUUAUUUUUCAUGUUUUUAAUUUUGUAUGAGAUUUUUUCUCUCUCUUUUUUGCUGAUGAUUUUUUUAUGUUUUCGUAAAUUAUAUUCUGUAUUUUAUAAGAUGUUAAUUUAAAAAUCGUGUAUGUAAAAAGCUCGUGUGUGUAAUUUAAUUUUUACAAUAAGUGAAAAAAUCAAAAUAUUUUAUUGUGUAAUUUUAAAUAAAUUUUUUCAAUAUUUA